CGCAUGUGUGUUAAAAGGGCCAUCCCUCCUUCUGUUGUAUACCCCUCUCGCAGCUGAUUUUGCGCAUUGCACUGACACUGCACCGUAAAUAUACUCCAAAAAAGCCUUCCUGUCUGAUUCUGUAAGUAUGCAUCUGCACUGCGGAGGUGCGGAGAUAAUUGUUCUUAUAAGUAUACUUAUAAGGUAGUCGCCGGCAUCUGCACCAUGGAGGGCUUAUUGUCCCCAACCAAAAGAAAAACAGUGUAAUAACAAAAUGUGCAGGUAUACUGUAUCAGACAGAUAAAUAUUUGAAGAUGCCGAAGAUAAGGCUAAGUAUGAUACCCGCACUUUUGAUCAUCGGCAUGACGACUCUAUCGGUUCAUUAUCUGGCAUCGCGACGCUGCCCGGGUGACGAGGAUGACGCCAGUAAGCCCAAGUACCGGCUAAUCGUCAUUGUGUUGAGCGCACCAGAAAACUCGGAGCGUAGGGAUGUAAUACGCAAGACGUGGCUGUCACCGCGACCACUCGAAGUGAAGAGCCUAUUCCCUAUCGGGACGACAAAGUUGCGGCCCGAGCAACGCGAGACCGUUGAGUCCGAAAAUCAGAAGCACCAGGAUCUGAUUUUUUUGCCAAAAUUGUACGACGCUUACGGCACAAUUACGAAAAAGGUCCUCCAGUCUUUCGCCCACGUCAUUACGAAUUAUGAGUUUGACUUUCUGUUGAAGACUGAUGAUGACACUUUUGCACUGAUCGACUUGAUACUCAAGGAUCUUAACAGAUGGCAGAACAAAGGCCUCAGGAAGGAGCUGUACUGGGGAUACUUUGAUGGAAGGGCCAGGGCACGAAAGACCGGGCCUUGGAAAGAGAUCAACUGGUUUUUGUGUGAUUACUAUUUGCCCUAUGCUCUUGGUGGUGGAUACGUCCUAUCCUAUAAUCUCGUCAAAUUUAUUGCUCAGAAUGCCGAUGUUUUAAAGUUGUACAAUUCAGAGGAUGUAUCUGUUGGAUUGUGGCUAGCGCCGUUAGCUAACAUCGAAAGGAGACACGACAUUAGAUUUGAUACAGAAUACAGAUCUCGAGGUUGUUUGAAUUCGUACUACGUUACGCACAAACAGAGCAUACAGGAGAUGAAAAAAUUGCAGGAUUUAUAUACCAGGACUGGUAACAUUUGCUCGCACGAAGUGCAAAAUUAUUACCAUUACCAUUAUAACUGGACAGUUCCACCUAGUAAAUGUUGUGAGAGGAAACCAGGCAUUCGGUGAAAAAAGUUUCUAUUUAUCAUUCAAAAAAAAAACAUUUUAACUUCACAAGGCUUUGAGUCAGACUUUUAUGUAGCCAUAUUAAGUUUAAAUAUUUUUAAUUUCUAUGAUAAGUGUUACUUCUUAGGGUAGAACGAGUAAUUAGCAAAUUUUCUGCUUUUUUUUCUACUCAACAUCUUAAGAACGUUAAAAAAAACUUUGAAAAAGCAAGAAUUAUUUGUUAAUAUAUUUAGAGCAGUAUUGUGGUAAAUA